AUGAACAUAAGUGAUGAAGAAAUAAUUAAUAGAAAAAAGUUUUAUGAUAUGCUAAAAAAUAAUCAAACAACACAUUUAAAUAAUCGAAAUAUUAAUUUAAAUUUUAAUGAAAAUGCUGAAAACAAUUUCAACAAUAAAUUAAAUAUCCAAUUAAAUGAAGAGUCAUUAAAAGCUUAUAAUGAAAAAUACACAAAUGUUAAUAAUAUAAAAAACCAAGCAAAUAUGAAUUCAUUACAUAAUUAUAGUGAUUACUCUUAUUCAAAUGGUAAUAAUUGUGAUUAUAUAGUUAAAAAUGACAAAAUGAGCCAUUUCGUAAAUAUGUCAAAUGACAACUCAAUAUACAUAUCUAAUUUAAACAAUAUAGAAAAUAAUUCUUCAGUAAAUCAAAUAAAAAAUAAUUACGAAAAUAAAAAUAACAAUUAUAUGGAUAAUAUAUCUAAUAACAAAACUUAUAAUGAUUUAAUUAAUAAUACAAAAAAUAAAAGUUCACUUAAUACUAUCAAUGAAGAUAAAUUUAAUAAUUCAUUGAAAUUAUAUAGCAAUAUAGAUAUGAGUUUCAUAUAUAACAAAUAUGAUAAAAAUGGAUUAAUUUAUUGCAAAAAAAUAAGAUUUCAUUUAAAAAAUGAGAGAGAUAAUGAUUAUACUCAUUUUUUGAUAGUAAAAAUUAAUACACUAAAAAGUUUAUCAGGGAAACAGUACAUGCGCUUGGAGUUGUCUGAUGAUAAAAAUGAAUCAUUCUUUUAUUAUUUAGAUCUAUUUGAAGAAAAUUAUGAAAAAAUAAAAAAAGAACAAAAAUUAGUUAUAAAUUUUAAUUUAUUUCCCUUUAAAUUCAUUGAUUUAUUAGAAGAAUGUGUUCUCGAAUGUGAACAGUAUGAAGACAUAGAUGAUCAGAGAUUAAAUGCUGUUUUAAUAUUUGAAAAUAAAACAAAUGAUCAAAAUAAUAAUUUUAAUCUAAAUGGAGAAAAUGAAAACACAUAUAACAAAUUAAAUAACUUUAAUCAUUACAAAAAUGAAAAAAAUAAAGCUGUAGAAAAUGCUAUAUUAAAUCUAGUAGAAAUAAAUCAGUUCAAAGAAUUAACACACUUGUCUUUAAUUUUGAAAAAAGCUGAUAAUGAAAAUGUUAUUAAGUAUUUAUGUAAUAAUUUAAAAUAUAUUAAAGAAUACAAUGAAGAAAUAAUUAAAAAAUUAAAUGAAGAAAUUAUUAAUAAUAAUAAGGGUAGCAUGGAAAUAAAAAAUUUAGAAAAUACUAUUGAAAAAUUAGAAAAUACAAUUAAAACAUUAAAGAAUGAUUUUAAUAGUGCACUAAAUAAUGACAUAAAUAAUUUAAAAGAAAAACACAUAAAUGAAAUAAAUAAUUUAAAAGAAGAAUAUCAAAAAAUUAUUGAUAAAAAAGACGAAAAAUUUACUAAUGAAAAUGAUGAAUUGAAAAAGGAUUUAGAAAAUUUUAAAAAUAAAUUCAACGAUUUAAAUGAAUUAAAUGAAAAUAAUGAAAAACAAAUUUUCAAUUUAAAUAGUAAAGUAAAAACAAUGAAAAAUGAAUUAGAGGAAAAAAAUAUAAAUUUUUUAAAACUCCUAAAAGAAAAAGAAAAUAUUGAAAAUGAAAAAAAUGAAUUAGAAAAAUAUAAGAAUACAUUUACAAUAGAAUUCAAUAAUUUAAAAAGUAAGUAUGAGAAAGAAUGUGAAAGUAAUUUAUCCAACAAUUCUAGCUUUGAAAAUAUAAAAAUAAGUAAUAGUACGUUAGAAUCAGAGCUUAAAAGGUAUAAAGAAAGAAAUGUAAAAUUAGAAAAAGAAAUAAAUAUUGCAAUUGAUGAAAUAAAUAAAGGAAAUGAUAUAAUAACAAAAUUACAAAAUCAAUUAAAAAAAAUGAAAGAUAAAUUGAAAACUAAAACAUUAGAACAUGAAAAUAUCGAAAAAACAAGUUCACAAAAUAUAAAUGAAAUUAAUAAAUUACAAAAUGAUAUAAGAGAACUUCAAAUAAAAUUAAAUGAAAAGUGUUCUUCUGAAGAGAACUUAAAAAGAGAAGUUGAUAACUUAAAAAGAAAAAAUGAAGAAAUAAUUAAAGAAUUAAAUAUAUCCAGAGAAGUUAAUUUAAGAUUAAAUAAAGAGAUAACAAAUAAAAAUUUGGAUCAGUAUUCUACCAAAUUAGGUAAUCUAGGAGCACCUAAUGGUUUAUCAGGUAUAAAUUUACCAAUAGAUACUAAUUUAUUAGAUAAGGAUCUGUUUACUAAAUUAAAAGCAAAUUUAAAAAACAGUACUGUUCCCACAUAUACACCGGAAAGUAACAUGAAUAAUUUAAAUUUAAUAACUGGGAAAAUAGCAACUUUAGAUAUCAAUGAUAGAUACAAUAAACCUGUGAAAUUUAUUCCACCAGGAAUUUAG